GCCGGCGCGUCGGUGCCGACGGUCUCCAGGCGGGAGUGAGGAGGAGGAGGAGGAGGGAAGCUCCUGCUCUGCCACAUGGAGGGAGAGGCAAGUGUUACCCCUUCCUCUGCUCCAGCUGAGGGCUUUCUGAAGGGACUGCACUUACAGGGCAAGCUGCACACAGAAAGAUUCCAGACAGAGCUGAAGCAGUGGGAAGAUGAGUGUUCUUCUCAUUGAGGCUUUUUAUGGCGGUUCCCACAAACAGCUGAUGGAUCUUCUUCAAGAAGAGCUGAAAGAAGACUGUGUCCUCUGUACUCUCCCUGCCAAGAAGUGGCAUUGGAAAGCACGGACUGCUGCUCUUUAUUUCAUGCAAACGGUGCCAGCAAGUGCUAAUUACAGGAUCCUCUUUGCAAGCUCCGUGCUUAACCUGGCUGAACUCGCUGCCCUGCGCCCUGACCUGGGCAAAUUGAAAAAGGUCCUCUACUUCCAUGAGAACCAAUUGGCGUAUCCUGUCCAGAAGUGCAAGGAAAGGGAUUUUCAGUAUGGAUACAACCAGGUUCUUUCAUGUUUGGUUGCUGAUACUGUGGUGUUCAACUCUGCUUUUAAUAUGGAAUCGUUUCUUACGUCCAUUGGAAAAUUUAUGAAGCUGAUUCCUGACCACAGACCUAAGGAUUUGGAAAAAAUAAUCAGACCGAAGUGCCAAGUUCUCUAUUUUCCAGUCAGGUUUCCUGAUGUGAGCAGGUUCAUGCCAGAACAUAAGCUUGCCCAUUUGGAAAACGUAAUUGGUGUUAAAAGAAAUGGAGAUUUUUAUCAACGUGAGGGCCUGCCUGGGCAGCAGAAGAGCAGAGCUUUGGGAGGUUUAAUGAAAAACAGCAACGCGUGUCGUGAGUCUGGACUUUGUGAAACACAGCCUGGACUUUGUACCACACAGCAUGAGGGACUGCAUUCCCCAUUAACAGCAGCAGGGAGAUUGAACAAGUCUGAAGCAUCAGAAAGUACAAAUCCUUGUCAAGAAGAAGAUAAGCAACAUGUGACUUUUAACCUCUGUAAUAUCUGGAGUGGAAUGGACUAUCUGCAGAGACCUUUACAUGUUGUCUGGCCUCACAGGUGGAAGAAUAUUAUCUUCCAGAAGUAUUUACUGACUCCGACCCUCAGCACACUUCUGGAAAUGAAAGCUCCUGUAAAGCUGCAUCGUACAGAUGAGGAAACCUGGGCAGAGCGCUCUCGUGGGAAAUCAGUGUCAGGAAAAGACCAGAACUCUGUAAUUCUCUGUUCUGAAGGCCGUGCUUCUUUCCUUGUAACUACGCUGUUGAUUUCUAACAUUAUUGGAUUAUAAUAAGCCUAGAUUCAAAUUUUACUGACCUCAAAAUGUAAUGCAAAAUAUCAAGGUGUGUUCUAGUAAAUAGUGCAUUGUAGUCUUCAAUCGCUGAUAAUUUUUCUGUUGGUUGGUUUUGGUAUGAAGUGAAGCCCCAUUUCUAGUUCAGCAGAGUAUGCAUUUCUGGAUUGCCCCAUUUUUUCAUGUGCUGCUGUUUUUUUUCUUGAAAAUGAGAUAGAGGGUCAGCAGGAGGCUGUUGUCAUAUGUGUCCUCUUAUCAGCCUGUGGCAUCCUCCAUCGCCCUCCCCAGGUCUGCAGUGUAUCAGCCAAACCGGUAGAGAACCUCAAGUUCCUGCUUUUAUCACCCAAACAAAGAACAUUAAUGGGAUAAGGGCACCUUCCAGCUUCUGGCUCUGCUUGCGAUAAAGCUGUGAGUCUUGCCUUGCUGCUCUCCCAGCUCUCAACAGCCCCUGCUAUUCUUCUCCUUCAUUGUCUCAGAAAUUUGAAGUUUUUCAAUGGAUUGUAUGGGUUUUCUACCUUCUCGUCCUUGAUUCUUUUGUUCUCCAUCCUCUCUGCACCGUGCUUCUCUUCUAACAUUGCUGAAUGUCUUUCCUCUUUUUAUUCUCUUUCUGUUCCAUUCUUCUUCUUUAAUUACUGUGCAGUUUUAUUUUUGCUUCCUAAUUUAUAUCUUUACUGAUAUUUUUCUGACCUUUUCUCUGUCACUGAUAGUGCUCUCAGAUGCUCUCGGCAGCUUCUAUUUCCAUCAGAGUCUGACUCUUCUGUAUUCUUUCCUUCCUUCCCAACCUUCUGCCUUUUCCUAUUUUUUUUUUCUGUCUCCAUAAACGCUGCCCAACCUCAUAAAUAAUGAAGAAUUCUUCAGUGGCCUCUUCUGUGAGCCAUUUUCUGUCAAUAACUGCAGAUAGCCAGGAACGUGUUUCACCUCUUGGUGUAUAUGUUAGAAAAGUGCUAAAAUGCUCCUUUGACUUCUGAAGAUUUUUUACCUGUUUUAGUAAUUCUACUUCUCACCUUUGCCUGUCUGACAUUCAAGAGAUUUUAUGAAGUUAGAAGGCAACAGGAGAUGCACACAGGUUGGAAGGUGGGUUCCUUACCUGAUGCUUACCAUAGGCUGCUCAUCUGUGACUUGGAACUAAUGCUGCUGUUCCUCUCCGGGCUCUCCAUGUGUUUUAUGUACUGUUGUGUAAGAAAUGUUUUGAGUCGCUUGGAUUUCAAGCACUGUCUGAAGUGAAAUAUUACUGUGUGCCCUUCACCAUUUUGAAUUCUCUACCACUGAAAUACUGCAAAUCGGCCAUGCUAAAUGUCUUAAGAAGAUUAAGAUCAAGCUUUUUAAUAUUGCAUUCAGCUGAGCUCAUUUGUAACCCUUUCAGAGUAUGGCCCACCCUGGGAGACAGCAGGACCAGAAUCGUUGCAAACCUUCAUGCAGCAUUAUCUGAAAUAUGUAGAAUUUCUCCCUGGCUCAGCACUUCCAUGUUACUUAUUAACUUGCACAGAUUUUAAACUGGAUGUUUUUUUUUUUUAAUAGAUUGCAUUCGUUUUGUGGCUUUGAGCAAGUUCUGUUUCUCUUGUCCAACUCUUCUUCUUCCCAAUUGCAUCUUUAUGCAUCUUUCUCCAAAUUCUAAAUAACGGGGUUUAUCACCAAGUAUAAGUUUACAUAUACUUAAAAAUUUAAGCUCAAGUCACAGAAAACCAUCUGGGUCUCAUACUAAAUUUCACUUAAAUUCAAGAGAUGAGUAUACACAGGAUAGUGCAUAAAAUUCUGCUAUUCCUUUUUAUUUAUUUAUUUAUUUAUUCUCCUCAUGUAUUUUCCAUCACUGGUCAGGGUGUAGGUGUCCUGCAACAGCAAGGAUUAUCUCAGGUUCAGCUGACUUGUGUGCACUCUCCUUCCAGCUCCAGCAAAGGGCAAAUAUCUGGGGCUCUUGGUCUAAAUUAAUAAAGUCCCUGAAUAGCAGAAGGGUGUUUUGAAGUCUUUUACCGCUGAUUGUACAGAGGUGCAUUGCUGCAGUGUGAAGACGUUGUGGUUUUUAAUCAUUUUAGACUGAAAAGAGGGAUGUCAAGUCAUCAAUUAAUCCUGACAGUGUCCUUCUGUGGUGAAAAAGUAAUACUAUCACACCCAUGUUAUAAACAGAAAAUCUAAGGCGGAGAUAAUAGAGGCUCAGUAGUGAUGGGUACUGAUGCUGCAGCCCUCCCAUUGCUCAUCUGGGGACAGUCCUGAAAGUUUUUUUGGAUUAAAAGGGGAAGUCACUAUAAAUCAGGAUGAACUCUGAUCCCACUCCCAGACCGCUAGACUUCAUAUGUGUUUGGGACAGAAAAAUUAAAAAGCUUUUCAAGGCCAGGCUGGAUGUGGCUCUGGGCAGCCUGGUCUGGUGCUUGGUGACCCUGCGCAUAGCAGGGGGGUUGAAACUAGAUGAGCAUUGUGGUCCUUUUCAACCCAGGCCAUUCUAUGAUUCUAGGUAAAAAAUGUUAGUGUGCAGUAUUUAAACCUGGAGACUGAGCAUCUCCAAGAGCAUUGCACUCAAAUGCAAAUAUAGGUAUGAGCAGGAAGCAGAUGGUGCCUGUGUCCAUUUUGUGGGAGUUUGCAGCUGGAGUUUGGCCAUUCUGGUGCUUUCAUGUUCUUAGGAUGAAAUUUAGACUGCAUUCAUACCGUGCCCAGUCCUUACUUUUCCUUUACCAGAUGCAGAUCAUAUCCACUAAAAAUCCAAGAGCAUUUCAAAUACCUAAACUAAAUAGCUAAGCCAGACCCUGGAAUCAAAUUAGUUUAAUUUUCCUCAAAAAGUAAUAUCUCGGAAAAAAUUUUUAUAUUUUUAUAUCAGGCUUUUAUACCAUUUUGCAGUCCUUCCUAAGGAAAUGGAGUAUAUAUAAUUAAUAUUGUUUAAUAAAGCUCCAAAAUGCAACAGAUGCAGCCAAAAGUGCACGUCAUUUUGAGCAGAUCUUUACAGAACAGACAUUCCAUAUUGUGUUCAUCUUUUUCCACGAUCACUGCUAUGACAAUCUGGUGUGUUUAGCAGUUGUUGCUGAGUAAGGCAGACUGGAUUGUAUAUGGCUUUCUCCAUGUCAGCCAAGAAAUGUAGCACUCUUUGGUGUGGUAAAGAGGUGGUCUUGUGUUCGUUAGUCCUUUCUACCAGGAGCUAUGCCACUGCUAACGUGCAGGUGUAAGAAGGCAUUGCCAUCUGUAGGUGCACAUGCCAAAAGCUGGCUUUAGGUCGUAACAAAAAUGACUGAAAAUGAGGUGGCUGUGAUGUGGAAAAGCCACAGGAACGAACAGCUCAGACAGUAUAUGACCUUCUGGGUAGAAAAAAAUGGCAAAGUUCACAAAAUGGGUCACUGAAACCUCCGAGUAUUGUAUAAAAGCCAAAUAUUUUCAGAGGGGAUGAGAAAGGAGGAUCACCUACAUCAGAAAACCCUUAAGAAAGCCUCCAGUGCAGAGGAAACAUUUCCUCUUUCAGCAUUCCUUCUGGGUGCCAAAUUUUCCUUCUGUUCCUCCCCACCUAUUAAACAAAGCUGCAACUUCCAAUUCCUAUCAGUUUUCCUAAAUAUGUGCAGCUUAUGUGGCUUCUCCGAGCCGCGAGGCUUCACGUUCUCCUGCCAGCUCCUUGACAAUGUGGCUCCAACAGCAUCCUCCACUUUUGGCUGCCUCUGGGACCCCUGGUCUCUUCUGGAAAGGGAGAGGGAAAGCAUUUCCUUUUCUGGAAGGACUUUUUGUGACUGCGAAGCCGAUAGAGUGGCUGUGAAAAGCUUGGAAGGAUCCAUGUGAGCGUCACGGCUCUGUCUGUCAGGGCCCACUUGUGGAUGGGAAGCUGCAGGCCUCAACGCUUCUCAGGAUCGCUUACACACACCACGAGCACCUGCCUGGGAGGGAAACUGAGGCAAACAGGGAACUGGGAAUAGGCUUGGACUGAUAAUUUACCUGCCAGAAACAGGUCAAUCCAAGCGGCUGUUGUGUUUUUGCAGCUGAAAGAAAUUCUCUGUCCGAAUUCUCUGUCUUACCCACUUCGGUUACUGGAAGCACCGUGAAGACUCCUGGUUUGCAGAUGUGAAACAAAUUAGGAAGCUUAUGCUGUUGCAUUCCUCUUUAUUAUUUGGAACAAAACAAAUCUGGGAGAUGCAGAACUUCUUUAAGUAAUUAUUGUCUGGCUUUCUAUUAGAAAAAAAGUGUAUCUGAUUCGAAGAACUUCCCGGUUCCUGACGAUUUUUGCAGCCUAGGAAAGUCAUAUUAAUUAUAAGAUUAAUUUGUUUUAAUUCCCUAAACCAAAAAUAUUGACUGUAUGAGAAAUUAACACAUGUAGAGCUGCAGAUGUCAUUUGGCUUCAGAUUUUCUGAACGAUAUAAUUAUUAAUCUUUCAUAUAGUGGUGUGACAAACCUACAGAUUCAUUCUGGAAAAUCAGUCUGUGAAGAAAGACAACAGGGCCACUGAGCUGUAGGUUUUCCCUUAGUACAGGAAGGAAAACAGUGGAGUUUUCUAAAUAAUAACUAAAAUCAAAAUAUCUUAAAGGCAUAUGGUGCACAUCUGUCUAAAAUACAAUAAUUUAAAGCAGAAUAAUGAAAUGCGAGAUGUAUGUAAUAUUCACCUUAGCGUGGGGAAGUAUCUUAUUUUGUUUUUAGUAUAAUCUGUCAAAUUUUGGAGAUCUAGAUCAUUUGUGAGAUCUUUUUAACCAUUUGUCAUGUCCUGGUAAAGGCAGUAGACAAACAAAUUGUUUUUGUUCCACUUUGUUAGUAACCAAAUUUGUUUUUGCCUCCUAUUAGUUCUCUCCUUUCUUCUUCACCUGAAGCACUGAAGGGAUUGGGAGCUUUCCAUUGGUACACAGAUUCAUGACAUUCUGGCUGGGGAAAUCCUAUUUUUUUAGCAAAAGUUUUUUAGUAAUGUGUUAUUCCUGG